AUGACUACCACCCAGAAUAUCAAGGCUCAGUUCCCUGAUCUGAAUUUUGUCAAGCCUAUCCCCGUUCAUGCACACCCGAGGUACAAACCAUUCAAUGUCAAAUUCGACCCAAAGAGCAUUUUCCUGCCAAAGGGCCAUGCCAAAGAAAAUGGGCGGAAGCAAAUGCUGGUCGACUCCGUUGUUGACCGCGAUACAGCGAUCCCUCUUCGAGAUGGACUUCACGUGUAUGCCGACAUCUACCGCCCAGCUUCUUCGGAUGAAGCCAAAGUUCCCGCAGUGAUCUGUUGGAGUCCCUAUGGAAAGUCUAGCAUUAGCAUCGAUAUCGCUUGGCAUCGCUCCGGGGUCCCCAAAGACUGGACAUCCGGAUACGAGACAUUCGAAGGCCUGGACCCCGCAGAUUGGUGUAAACGGGGUUAUGCGGUCGUGAAUGUUGACGCCCGCGGCACUCAAUUUUCAGAUGGAUCGUUCUUCUUUUGGGGUGAUCAAGAAGCGGAGGAUAUCUAUGACACUAUCGACUACUUGUCGAAGCAGCCAUGGUGCAAUGGCUCUGUCUGUAUGGGCGGCAAUUCGUACCUGGCAAAAGCCCAAGUCAACUAUGCCUCCAGACAGUCCCACCCAGCUUUGAAGGCACUCGCUCCCUGGGAAGGAUUUACGGACAUCUAUCGCCAACUUCUCCGUCGUGGCGGCUUUGCGAUGCAUAACACCUUCGUGUCGAAAUACCAAUGGGGUGUCGCUGGCAACCACGAAGUUGAGGAUAUGACACAAAUGGUGAAAACACAUCCUCUUUUUGACGAAUACUGGGCCGGGAAGAAUGAUGAAGUUGAGAAAAUUAAUGUCCCGAUGUAUUUGUUGGGGUCUUUUUCCAACCCUUUCCAUGUCUACGGAUCCUUCGAUACAUAUCGUCGCGCUGGUUCAACGAAGAAAUGGAUGCGCGUUCAUGCAACCUUCGAGUGGUAUGAAAUGUACGAGCGCAACUCGAACGAUGAUCUGCAGCGCUUCUAUGAUCGUUACUGCAAAGGAAUUAUGAAUGGCUGGGAAACAGAUACGCCUUCUUUGCGCUUGUCUCUUCAUGGAUUCGGAACUGUUCCGAACAUUGUAGAAAGACCAGAAACCGAGUUCCCACUUCGCCGACAAAGGUUGCAAAGUUACUUUCUUGAUGCCGCCACCAAGUCAAUGAGUCUGACUCCUCGGGACCGCGAAUCCUCCGUUUACCACGACGGACAUGGCCUUGCGGCGUCUACCUCUGAAUUUGUGCUGAAAUUUGAUGACUACACUGAGAUUGCCGGAUAUGCCAAGGCCCGUCUGUGGAUGUCCUGCGAGCAAAGAGAUGAUAUGGAUGUUGUUAUCCAACUCCGUAAGAUUGAUGAAACUGGCACCUUGCUAGAAGGCGUCAACUUCCCGUGCCCGAUACCAGCAAGCGACAUCCCCGAUGCUGAGACAUCCAAGCUCUACGGCCCUCAAGGAUUCCUGAGAGCGUCUUCGUCUGUCUCCCGUGACCCGACACGAUCAAGUUCGGACGGACAGGAGGUCUUCUAUCGACACGAUCGAGAGGAAAAGAUCACCCCGGGAACUAUUGUUCCAUUAGAUAUUACUCUGUGGCCCACGGGCAUGGUUUUCGCAGCUGGAGAAGGGCUGUUGCUUCGCAUCGGAGGCCAUUUUUUGAGUGCGCCUUCGGCCGCAGUGAUGAAGCCCGAAGAAUCUGAAGAUGAGAAUGUGGGCCAGCACCACAUCCACACGGGAGGUAAAUAUGAUUCGUGCCUUAUACUUCCGGUCAUUGCCGGAGGUAGGCCGUAA